AUGGACCAUAUCAAUGGUAAAAAUCGAAAAAAGAAACUUAAACGUUUGAGAGAUAAACCAACAUUUAACAUAAAAAAAAUCCCGCGUUACCCGCCACUAAGUUUACCGUUAUUUCCUCCUACUUUGGAAGAGGUGGUCGAUAAGUUAAUGGCAAAACCAAGGCUGGCGCGAUUCCCCAAUAGCUUUAUCAUAUUUCGAAGCGCUUAUGUUAAGCAUUUAAAGAGCAAUGGCCAUAACUUACCAAUGACUGAACUGAGCUCUAUGGUGGCACGUUCGUGGGAAGCAGCCCCAUCUCAUGUAAAGGAAGUUUAUGCCAAAAUCUCGAAAGAAGCUGAACAGCUAUACAAUCAUAUUACCAAAAUGAAUCAGCUUCCGCAAAACCAACUGUCUCCCGAUGAAUCUCUCCCGACUACGUCUCAACCUCCUCUAAAUGAAAUUGGUUUCCCUAAUGGAUUACUUAUGGAUUCUCCUAUACUGACUUCAUCAUGGCCUUCUCUGGAUGGUCAAACUUCUCAAAUGGGAGAUUAUGUCCCAUAUGAACAGAGAAUUUGUACUUUUGAAACACAGGAUUUCUCAAUUUUUUCUAUGGACACUAUUGAAUUUUUGGGAAUAGCUUCAGACGUUUUUUAUGACUAUUCUACAUUUUUGGGAGAAAAUUGGAUUCAACCUCUUAUAUAA